AUGAGCUUCCAGACAAAGUCUCUUAGAAAUAACCCUGGAAGAAAAAACUUACCCACCCUCAACCUUUCAACUGAUAGCUCUACCAUAAAUAAUCAUAAUAAUGUGUCGCAAACAGGACAUCUACUGGUAAAGACCCUUAAAAGAAAGAAUCUCAGAGGAUUGAGUUUAGGGGGUAAUGACAAUAGCGGCCCUUCGAAAGAUGGUCUAUCUCUAGCAAUUCCAAUUUCCAAUCACAAGAGAAAAUCUAUCCAACAAGUCACCACUUCUAGUACCCCAAUAGAUACAGUUACAUCAACUACUUUGGAAGCGGCUAUGAAUAAACUUGAUUUGAAGCAGGACUCCGAAUACACUGGCGCCACCAAACCACAAAUAAUAACCACGAAGAUAACCACUUCUUCAAUAACUCCCGAUGGCAGCCUUGCUGGUAAUGAUGGCUUCUGUUUGAACGAUUUCAAGGAAAGUGAUUUGCUCAGGCUCGAGGAUUUGGGUGCAGGUAACUCAGGUUCUGUUCUUAAAGUUAUUCACACACCGUCAAAAAAGACCAUGGCCAAGAAGACUAUCCACAUCGAAAAUAACCAAGAUGUCAAGCGGCAGAUCGCCCGAGAACUCAAGAUCAUGAAUGAGUGUAAAUCAAAAUAUAUCAUUGAAUUCUAUGGCUCGUUUCUUCAGGAAGGAAAUGUCAUCAUAUGCAUGGAAUAUAUGGAUAUUGGGUCUCUCGAUAAGGUAUUAAAGAUCAGUGGACCAUUUCCAGAAUUCUUCAUCAAUCAUGUGGCCUAUUCUGUUCUCAAUGGUCUCAAGUAUCUUUAUACACAGCAUAAGAUUAUUCACAGAGAUAUCAAACCUUCAAACGUCCUACUCAAUUCUAAGGGUACUUUGAAACUUUGUGAUUUCGGGGUGUCUCGUGAAUUAAUUGGUUCUGUCGCCGACACUUUUGUUGGGACAUCCACUUACAUGUCACCAGAGAGAAUUCUCGGAGCUAAAUACACAAUCAAGGGAGAUAUUUGGUCUUUAGGAUUGAUGUUGGUCGAGUUGGCCACUGGUUUUUUCCCUUUUGGUGAUAAUGAAAACAUUGCCCCAGCUGGUAUCCUUGAUUUAUUACAACGUAUUGUUAAUGAACCACCUCCAAGCUUGCGUGACUUCAAUGAAAAAUAUUUCGCAGCCAAUAACAUCGAUCCAAAAUCUAUUCCUGAACGUCGGUUGUACCCAUCUCAACAAGAUAUGAAUGGAAAUUCAUGUUCAAGUGCCUUAGCUGCUAAUAGCGAAUCCAAUGAAAUAUCAAUGAGAAAAAGCAAACCAUAUUACCCAUUCUCUGAAAGGUUUUCCAACUUUGUGGACGAGUGCCUUAUUAAAGAAGAAUCGCAGCGUCCCUCUCCUACUGAAUUGUUGAAAGAUAUUUUCAUUUUGGUAUACAAGAAAGAUAUUACCCCUGAAGGAAGUAAGGACUUGAAGUCUGAUAUCAAGGAGUGGUGUAAAAACGUUAAGAAGAUGAAGAAAAACUGA